AAUCAAUUAACUUUGGAGGAUAUAGAUGUUUUAAAUGUAGCAGCUAACCAAUUUUUGGCUUUAAAGGGUAAUGACGCUUGGAAGUUUCUGAAGAUGGCGAUAAAUGAAUUCUUCGAUUCAUCAAAAGAUGAAAGAGUAUUAAGAAAUUUAAUCAACAAGUUAUUGGAAAGUUCACUUGCAUUUGAGGACAAACAAUUCAUAGAGGGUAAAUUGGUAGACAUAAAAGCUUUGAAAUCAAUUUUGGAAAAGGCUUCAAAAGAAAAAGAAAAAUUUGAAAAAACUGCCAAAGAACUUCUGAAUUUAACAGCUAAAGAAGUUUUGGAAACAGCAGUAAAUUACCUCCUAAAAUUGAAGCGUAAAAGUGUAUUGUUGAUAUUAGGUAGCGGAGGCACGGGUAAAUCGACCUUUAACCGUUAUCUUGCUCGUCUUCUAUGGGAAAAAUACAAAAAAGACAAGACACAACCCAUUCCUUUAUUUAUCGCAUUAGCGCCAUUAGAAAAAUUUAUAAAUCAUGAUCAAGAUUUUAUUGAAGUUUACUUACAUGAAAAGGGCAAUCUAUCCACAGUCCAAAUUGAUGAAUUACGGAAUAGGAAGUUUGUAUUUAUUUUAGAUGGUUAUGAUGAGAUUGCUGAACGUGAUCGUCAUUUCUAUGAUAGCAAUAUGUUUUCCAAAUGGAAAAAUGCGAAAAUUAUCAUUAGUUGUCGACCAGAAUAUUUAAAUAAAGGCUAUGAAGAAAUAUUUU